AUGUAUAAAGAAAUUAUGAAGGACCUCACCCAGUUGGCGCACUUGAAACAGUUGUGCAAAAAGAAGCCCGACCUUUUAGCCACCCUGCAAUCAUGCAAGGCAAAGGAAUAUGAGGAGAUAUGGCUCAUUUUGCACAAGGCAUUGGAGGAGCGCACCCCUCCAGACAAGCUCCUUUACGACGCAGAGAAUUCGACUUUGCUCUUUAGGGAAGAAGAUGACAGGCAGUAUUUAUUGACGUGCAUAAUUUUCAUAUGUAUAUAUUUGCAACAUUUGGCGAAUAGUGAUAAGAGGAAGAAGCACAUCAAAUUGGAUAGUAAUUUUUACGCCCUUUUUUACAAGCUCAUUGAGAUCCAAUUCAUGCUAAGCGACAGAGAAGUGCGUAUGUCCUUCGGGAAAUGUCUAUUACAGUUAUGCGAACUGAACUUAGAAGAAAAUGAAUUUUCGGCACAUGUGAAAGUGAACCUACUGAUAUUUUUGUUGUGGAAGACGUGUUCCUCGGAGGGCAAAAGCGCAGACAUAAGUAAACUCAAAAAGAACAAAGAUUUGUGCAAAUAUAUAAAAUGGGGAAUUCCAGAAAAAUCCACCAACUCGUUCUAUCUGCUCUGUUCCUACUCACUGAAUCUUCCCAAGUUUUAUGCACACCCCGAUGGAAAAUUCUUUCUGGCACACGUUUGGUCUCAACAUGAAAGUAUAGCGUCUCAUCUUUUUAACAAAUUCGUGCACAACACGGUUGUCCUCUCGCAUGACAGCAUCAGUCACUAUUCACAAAUUAUCCAUUCGACGUGGAAGAACUGCGAAGGAGUGAUGAAGGAGACACUGGAGAUACAAAUUGAGCACCUCGUGAACUUGGCCUUAAAGUGUCCCAUUAAGGUUGCAGCAAAAUUCAGAAAUGUUCUAAGUAUAUUCCACAACAAUAAGGGGGACAAGAGCAUCAACAAUUUGAUCUUCAAAAUUUACGACCCUAUUAUUUGGAGGAGCCUCAUGUCGCCCAAUUGGAAACUUCGCUUCAACGCUACGUGCAUCUUUCAGCUGAUUUUCCCUGUCGUGGACCCCUGCAUAAAGAACGUGAAUUACCUAGCCUCUAUGGAGAAAGCCUAUCAGGCCCUCUUCGACUUGGCAGAAGACGUAAACGCAUGCGUCCUGCAGGCCGUGGCUAAGUGCAUAUGUCAUGUGCUGAACGAACUGUGGGAAAUAAUCAGCGAACAGAAAAGGUCCGCCCUGGUGGAAGUGCUGAUCAGCAAGCUCCUAAGGGAGAAGCAACACGACAACGUAAAGGUGGAAGUCCUUCUUGGGUUCUACGAAAUGGCAAAGAAUAAGAAGAUACACAAGCUAUUUGCAAAAAUAUUCUACAGAAUAAAAAACCUCAUAAAUGAUAAGUCUCUACGAAUACGGAAAAAUUGCAUCGCCCUUGUUCUCGAAUUGAACAAACAGUUAAAUGAAAAUUUUUCUACUCAAAUCGACUUCAGUGAGUUGAUAAAGCGUGUCACCAAGGAUUUGUUCACAUACAACGUGCAGUCCUGUAUAAAGAAAUUGUCCUAUGUAAAGUAUGAGCACCAUGAGAGAGUAAAAAAUAAGGAGAUCUGUGAGUUUUUAAAACUGUCUUCCAAUUUAAUCACCUAUUCUAUGUGGAAUUGUUCCAUAAAGGAGCAGGCAAAGAAAUGUGUGAAUCUAUUAAAUGAUUAUCCUGCUCUCAUGAUCUGUAUCAGUAAGUUCGCUACGAAUUUAGAGCUGGUGCAGCGUUACAAAUUGGCUUCCGUGCUGUUCGAAAUUACUAACGUGAAGUUGGGUGAGGAGGAGAACUCCGUGCUGCUCGGGGUGGGGAGCGCUGUAAAUGGCGCAAAUGGACAGGGAUGCCCGAAGGCAACUAACACGGGAAAGUGCCUGGAAGACCCCGUUAUCAACGGCAAGUACGUGAAGUACGCCUCCCUACUGCUCUGCGUGGCCUACCUGCUGAAGCCAAAGAAUGAUCAAGAAGUCGAAUUGUGCGGAUCGGAAAAUAUUGAAAAUUUCCUCAGAAACAAAUUUAAGGAGGAGUACUUCCUGGCCAGCAUAGAUACCCUAAUGCAGCAAUUUUAUUUCAAGAUACUUAAAUAUGUGAACCUCAAUCAGGACACUUAUGUGGAAAUACACAAGUACGGUCGGAGGGAGUUACUCUCUCUGCACAGAGCUAAGAAUGAACAUGUGUGUAGGAAAUUUAUCCUCCCGUUAUUUUACAAAUGGAGCUUACUCGAGUCGGUCAUUUCAGCACACAUGCACAUUUUGAAUGCAUGUAUUGAGUUUGUCUUUUUACACACCUGCACGGAGGCGGAGUGGGCAUCUGCCAGCAAGGGAAGCCCCUUCAUUAACGCAGGUAGAGACCUCCCAUUUGUGGAUAAGGAUGCGCUGGGUUAUUUCGCCGACGAAGAGGAGGUACUCGACUCGGAUGAGGGAAGUGGGAUAAAAGGGCCCUCCUUGCGUUGCAACAAAAAAGACGACCCCAUGGACGAAAAGGAAAAAGAAAGAAUUUACAUAAAUGAAGAAAAGGAGAUCAAUACUCUUAUUCUAUUAUCCCUCAUUGUUAAAAAGAAAAAAUAUCACCACAUGUUAUUUAAGUCAUUCCAAAGCAUUAUACACAAUUUCGUUUUCAAAUUCAAUUCUUAUCUUCUGUUCAUAUUUGACAAGCUGGCACAGAGCGAUUUCCAGCUGCCUCCUCAUUUUAUUUCUCCUCACUAUGAAGAUAAGGGCGAGUUCAACUUUGUACAGUUGGUACUUUAUGAAAGUGCUAAGAUAAAAGGGUACUUUCAUUUGUACAUUUCGUUCUUCUUCCUUUGUUAUACAUCCAAGAGGAGCAACUUUCCACACGAUUGGGAUAUUUUAAUUGACAACACUUUGCGGAGCAUUCAUCUGAUCAGCUCUGUUAAAUUUAAAAAUGAGAUUGAAAUUGUUACGAGUGGGAAUUUAGCAGGGGUGACUGCCGUAGGGGGGAAGGUUGCGCAUGUAGAUGACCGGGUAGCUGAAUGGGCAAUCUACACCAGGACGAUCCUCCACUUUGUCAUGCACUUCCUCGAUAUGGUCGAAUUCACGGUCGCAAUGAAGAUGACGCCGAUAGAGGACCUCGACUUUACCGACUUGGUGAAAAACGUGUUUAUGUUUUACAAAUGUUACGAACUCGUCCAGGGGGGGCUAAAUGUUGUGCAUAGGGAGGAUAUCGAACGGGUCAUGAACAAAUAUGCGGCUAUAAUUAAAGAGAGGGAAACCUUUUUUGACUUUAUAAAAAAUUACAAAAAAAAUAACAGCAUGGUGAGUUACAUGCGGGACAGUCAGGUGAAUUACAUUCAGGGCAUCCUAGACAACAUUUCAUUGCCCAAGGAGAAGGCAAAGAAGGGGUCCUCUUAA